GGCGCUUGGAGAGGAAUGAGAGUAAUGUACUUUUAAAUACUAAAUUUAUAAUGGAAAUCUUCCUGGAAUAUACUGAAACUGCGUUUUGUUUGCAGUUUAUCUUUUAUGAAGGAGAAAUCGGGCCAAGUGCAAGCACUCUCCCCCUCUUGCCAUGGGUGAUUCGAGCACGUCUCCGUGUUCGGCCGCUGCCGAGGCAGCCGUCUCGUCCUCUGCUCGGCCCAGAGGCAGGAACUCACAGGAGGCUUCGAUAACUCUGCUUUCCUGUUUUGCCUGGCUUGCUUCCCUUAGAUUUCUUAUCUCGCCAGCCGUACGGCGCGUGGUGGUGCAUUCCUCACGCACCCUGGUACGCCCUCGCAGCCAGCGCUUGGCCACGAGCUGAACCAGGGCUGGGAGAGCAACGGGGGAACAGGCACCGUGACGCCCUUACCUGCGCCCGGGGAGCAACCGGGGAACGCCGCGGCAGGGGGGACGAGCCAACGGCACCAGCCUGCUGCUGUGUGGGGGACGACCUGCCAGCUUCUGGCAUCUUCCAGCAUUUGAGUCCUGAAACGAUUACUUUAGCCCCUUUAGGAGUGUUUCAUUAAUGCACCUGUGAACAAACUCAUUUUCUCUAAGAGAGGAAGAGAAUUUUAAAAUAAGAAACCCAAGACUUUGUGGCAACAGGAUAAACACGGUGCUUCUCUAGAUAAGCUUUGGGGAAGGUGGAGGAAGGAUCGUGUUCAACUAGAACUUGGUCACCGCUAGAACCAGCGUAAGGGGCUGCUCUGGCCUGGUUGCAGUGGGCUUUGGCAAAUCACUUCUUAGAAUAGAAGGAGAUGGUUUAAUUUGGAGGAGUUAAUUGAAUUUCUCUUAGCUUAUCUAAAAGAUUUUAUUUUCAUUUUUUUUCUCGAGUGCUUUAGUAAGCUUUUCCAAGUUGACAUCGCAGGAAAGUCUUGCUUUUAGAUCAGUUUUCGUAAUGAAAAUCCUCUUUUACCGAAAGGGGACUGUGUUUUUUAGGUGAUGGCUCUGUACAGCUCUGACUUGAUAAGAUUUUAGCUAUUUGCUUCUUCAAAGCCUUGAAGCUAGACUACGACAAAGUUUUGGAAAAGAAAACUCACUGUAGGGUAUCAGCUACCCGUAGCAGGUGGGAACCUGCGGUUACAGAAUAUAAAAGGCAUUUGAAAUGGCCAUUAUUUCUUGAUUCUGGCUCCUCAGCAGUGCUGCCAUAAAAAGCAGGAUUCCUUUACUUUUUGACUCCUAAUUUCACACGAUGAAGCAACGCGUUCUUUAUGGCCUUUUAGCACUGUCUUGCUAAGGCUAAUUCACUUUUAAUUGCAAUUAAAUUUAAGAUUGAUCUUAGCUUAUUGUAUAUUUGCGAUGACCAUUCUGCUGGUAUUUGCGUGCACUACCGUGACGCAUAAUUUUUAAGAGAAGCAAGUGUCUGUAAUGACACCCGUGGAACAGUGCUGGUAGCUUACAGAUAUGCUCAUAAAACUCAAAAUCUUAAUGAAGUAAUGGAAAAAGAUGCAUAAUGCAUCUCAGUAAUGAGAGCUGAAAACAUGUUUCAAAUUUCAAUAUUUGGCCAUUAUUCUGAAGGGAAUUUUCCCCCUAAUUUGUUGUUCAGAUGGAAAGAAUCUGCUGUGCCUAACAGCAUUUGUACUCGAGCUGUCCCUGCUGCACUGGGCGAUCAGCUGUGCCACAGCGUUCAGCGUGUAGCGAUGCUGUAACUGUGCAGGGACUCCAACGGAGAAUCCAUUAGAAAGGUCUGUCGAUUAGAAAUCAGUGUGAAUUCAUCUGUAUUUCCGUCAUUGCUCACUCUCAAAUACUGCAGUUUGAAAAACUGCCCUGAGCGGUGUUAGCUGGAGCCCUAGGGUGUAAAAGCAAAGAGGCUUUCUGGAGACAGGCGAAUGGGACCCGAUCCUUUCAAUACACAUUUUCAUUUCCAUGGGCGGUGGCAAGUCUGCAGGUUGUCUUUGGUCUCUACAUUCUUCCAUGUUCUAGUGGAUCUAAAGCCUAACUCUGCAGAUACCAAAUAAUUCGAAGCAAAAAUACCAGAUGAGAGCUUCCCUCUGGAGCUCAUUAGUACCGUUUCUCAAUUAUCCUGGGGCCCACUGCUGAAGGAGGGAAGAGGCCUUCGCUCUACUCGUGUGCUGGAAACCCUCCGUGCAGUGUUUGCUCUGCCAGGCUGGAAAUUGUACCAUGUACUGCAUCUUGGUAGGAAGUUGUUAUUCAAGGGUAGAUUCCUGAGUGUUUGCCUCCCAAGACUGCUGUCGCCAUGGACUGUACCAAAUACUGAGGUCUGUUGUUUAAAAAAUGUGCAUAUAUUCAUACAUACAUUUCAUUUUUUUUUUUUUUUUGGUUUUAGAACAGUUUUCCUAGAUACUUGCUCAAGAAAAGGUGCUCAGUAACGGAAGACUUGGGAGGGGAAAAAACCCUCCUUAAAUAUUUCAGGGUUUGCUUUUCAAACUAGAAAAUCCUAAAAUGAGAAGCAAGACAGACCCAUUUUUACUGACAGUAGAGUCUUUACUGUGUUUCCUACAGUCUCCGGCUGCCUAUAGGAAUACACCGACCUACGUGACGAAGGGAGACAGGUAACUGUGUCCAGCUUUCAGUCCUGACGCUACGGCUCAUUCCUGUGAGUCUAGGCAAAGGCAAAGCUUCUAGGAAAAAUAUGUGGGAGCGUGGCCCGGCUGGGGUGCAGGUCCUGCCGCCCUCGGUGCUCUCCUCGGGCACCCCAGGAAGCCUUUGCUGGCAGAGCCCUGCCGCAGGGUGCCAUCUGCUGCCCACCUCUCCCUUCAGCAUGCUUGAGCAUCCUCAAAAGAUAAAAACCGCUGGCUGGGCAGCUCUCUCUGAAAUACAUCCUGAAAUGAAAGAGAAGCUCUUUAGGGAAGUGGUUGGUUCAGAGGACCAGUUCUGCAGCUGUGGAGCAUCUCUCAGCUUUGUCCCUGAAUCCCCUUCCUUGGAAAACGAUGUCAUUUCAACAAGAAAGCAACCUCCAAACAGCCACCCGUCUUCGCUGUCCUCUCAGACGGAACCUGCUUCCCUGGUUGAUCACCAUGACAUCUCAAAAGACCAAAGGAGCACAAGUUUGGACCGUUCCAGCACUGACAUGGACUCUACUGAUGGGACUGAUUUACCUCCUCCGGGAGACACCUACCCUGAUGAAAAGACCACUGAUUUCUCUUUCAUUGAUCAAACCACUAUUCUGGACUCCAGCGCGCUGAAAACUCGUGUACAGCUCAGCAAAAAGAGACGCCGUCGGGCUCCUGUUUCCCACUCCCUUAGAAGAAGCAGAGGGCUGGAGUUUGAAAACAGAUUUUCUUUGACAGAAGAACAAGAUAAUGCCUGGAUGUUUAAAGAUUCCACAGAAGAGAAGAAAACUAUGCAACAGGAAGAUUCUGAUGAGGAAGACAAGAUACAGCAUACUGCGAGAUCGUCUUCCGUACAAGCUCAGAGACUUCCCGUGUUCCCAGGAAUAGACCACUCUGUUCUCAAGGCCCAACUGCGGAAAAGACAAGAGUCUGAGAGUCCUGGUGAAAAAAGUUCUGCUCAGCACUUCAAAUCUCCUAAACCACCACUGCAGCUUGGAACGCCUGGUAGCAGAGUGCUGCCCUCCAGCGUAGAGAAGGAGGACAGGUUAGAAGAAAAUUCUCCUCAGUGGCUGAAGGAGCUGAAAUCAAAGAAGAGACAGAGCCAUUAUGAGAAUCAGGUUUGAAAAGAUAGUGAUUCUAACUAGAAGAAGAUAAAGAAGUUUAACAGAAGCCUUAACUCAUCUGAACCUAAAAUUCACACGUCAUGUUGCUGCUGUUUGCUUCCUGCCUCAACUGCUAUGUGCAUGGUGCCUUCCUGUUUCGUGGAGAAAGCUGCUUAACGUUCAUAGUCAAAUACAAAGCUGUGUCUUUUCAGCUAUGGGAGGGUAGUCCCUGCCUGGAAGAAGAGCCGGUGGUUCCUAGCUAGCACUUCAGAAAGUCUUAAAAGAUUGUAAUAUUAGGUGUGCUGCGCACCAGGGAAGUCCCCUCGCUGUUGGACAAAGACUACGCUUCCACGUAGGUGUUCAGCAACUCAGAAGUGACUUUUGGUAGACGCGUCAGGUGUAAGCUGGGCUUUGUGUUUGUUUAUGAAAAUAACAAUUUUAAUCAAAUUUAUCUUUUUUUUUUUUUUUGUGAAAAAAUAGUAAGCUCCUAUUUAGAAUGAAGUUUGUGGAAGGUGAGAGUGAAAGAACAAAUUAUGUUUACUGCCAUAUUGAAAAAGGAAACUUGAUUAUUUUUUGUAAAAUGUAUUUUUGAUUGGCUUAUAUUUACAUGUGAUCUGCUGACCUAGCAGAUGAAUAUAAUUUUUAGAUGAACAAAAUGUUAACUUUUGUCACUCUUGAAAUGGUAUAUUCUGUGUUUUGUCAGCAUGUGGAAUAAUUGCUUCAUUGGAAUGUCUUUCCUAAAAAGGAUCAAGCAAUAAUGUCAACCAGUUCUCUUCAGAAACAACAAAAAAAAUGUAAAUACUGUUUUUAUAACAAAAAAGGAAGGGAAGCGGGAGGAUGUUACACUCAUAUCAGGGUUCCAGUUAACUGUUGAAUGUCACUUUAAUAGCAGUUCCGAUAGUCCCACUUCAUAUUUUUAUUCGUUAAUCUGUAAAUACCAGGUUUAAGUUUUUAUUUUUAUGCUGAUUUUGUGGGAUAACCUCAAUGUGAUCUUCAGUUUCUCAGAUGAUUUACUUCUCUUCUCUUGGUAAGACCGAUGUUGUUCUAGCGGUAUCGAUCUCUCAUGCGUAACACGGGUCUUAGGGAUACCACUGAUAUCUCAAGUAUGUUCGUAUCUUUGAAUACGGAUGCUGAAGUCAGCCGAGAGGUCCAUUCAAGACACACUUUAUUCUUUCCCCAAAUAAGUGCUCUUUUCAGGAAACCUUUCAAAAUGUAGCCCAACAAGGAAGGUGAUUCUGUCGCAUUGGUGUUCCUCUCGCCUCGGCUAAGAAAGCAGCAGCGUGGACAAACGAAGGGGGACGGGGCGCGCUCCUCCCCGGGUGCCCUCCGGCGGCGUGGGGCUGGAGCAGGAGCAGGGGCCGCUCCUCGCCUCGCACUUGCCAUGUCCUGCGGGUGAGCAUAGAUAGCAAAGAUAAAGCACCAGCACUUGAACUCAUUUUCCUUUUUUUUUUUUUUUUUUUUUUUUUUCUUUCUCCUUUUUUUUUUAAUGAUGAGCGUUUCGGAAAGCUUGAUUUAUGCGGGGUUACCACGAUGGUGCAUCUGCUAACCAGAGUGGCAUGCCUGGUCUGCUGUCUAUCAAGCUCGUAGCUGCCAAAACCAUGUGCCAAUCCUUCUCACGGAGGAGUCACAGAUGAGGUGAUUUUUGGUCCCAGCCUGCUCGUAGGAAAUCACAGCAGUGUGUCAGGAGACGAGUCCCAUAUGCGCGUCUCUGUCCCAGAUUUAGCUCCGAUCGCAGCUCCCUGUACUUAAUGGAGAUGAAAUAAGUACGUUUCUCUUAUGUAAGAUAUCUUUACUUGCUGCUUUGCCCUAUUUUACAUCAGAGCUGUUCCCACCGUUACAGUUUUACAGCCCCUUCUGCUGCCAGUUAAGAAAUGGUCCCCGAGAUUUCUGCCAAGCGUUGGGUUCUGUGUGGCUUUCAACCCCGGGCGACGGGAGAUGGACUUGGAUGCAGUCGAGCGCUAUUAAAGAGCCGCUCUUCGCUCACUUUAAAAUGUUGCACAUGCUUUCUUCCCUCCUCUUUAGAUGAUGGUGGAAACGGUGACUCUUUCAGAUAAGCUUUGCACGUGUCUCUUUCGGGAUACGUUUUUUUGGCAGCGCUCGAGGUGUACCGUCGGUCGGACGCCGCGUGCGACGCGCGCGCGCUUUGGUCAGCCCGAGCAGUUUGCGGGUGCGGGAGGAGAACAGCGAUGGCUUUUCCUACCGUUGCUCAGAUGAAUUGGGGCUUACGUCGAACGGUACCUAGAAAUCAGGUAAAUUCCCCCUGCUCACGGGAACGUUCACACAGGCUCGAUCUUGGAAUUCCGCGGGUUGGCAGGGUUGCAUGACCAACCAUUGGAGGGUGUCCUGGGUCUUGGUCUAAGAAAUGAAGGCCAGCGAUUCUGUAACGGCGGUGGCUGCUCUGUGGUGGAGGAAGCCGAGGGGAUUAAUUCUGGGUUUCCACAAAGCCCUCUGGAUGUGUGUGCAGUUCCACACCCGCUUGGACAGUGCACUGAAACCUACUGUAUUGAGUAGUUCAGCCUACUACUGAGAAAUGUUUAAUGCUUAAAUGUUGGAUUAAAGAGCAUCUUUAGAA